AUGGCUCCAUAUGAAGCGUUGUAUGGAAGGAAAUGUCGAACGCCACUGCAUUGGGACGAGGUCGGAGAAAGGGCAGUGCUGGGCCCAGACAUAGUAACCCAUGCUGUGGAGUUGGUAGCUAAGAUACUGGACAAAAUGCAAGCAGCGCAAAGCCGUCAAAAGAGUUACGUCGAUCUGCGACGAAGAAAUCUAGAAUUUGCAAUUGGAGAUCAUGUAUUUCUCAAGGUGUCACCAUUGAAGGGGGUGUUGAGGUUCGGGAAGAAGGGGAAGCUCAGUCCAAGGUAUAUUGGACCAUUUGAGGUGUUGGAGCAAAUUGGGACCCGAGCGUACCGGCUUGCUUUGCCACCCAAUUUGUCAGGGGUCCACAAUGUGUUCCAUGUAUCCAUGCUUAGAAGGUAUCUUAACUCUUCUCAUAUAAUUGGUCAUGAGUCGAUGCAGUGGAGACCAGACCUGUCAUAUGAAGAGAUGCCGAAACAAAUCCUGAAACAUCAAAUCCGGAAACUAAGAAACAAGGAAAUUAAAAUGGUAAAGGUUUUAUGGGGGAACCAUCCGAGAGAGGAAGCUACAUGGGAGGUUGAGAAAGAUAUGCAGGACCGCUAUCCGGAAUUAUUUGCCCAAUCGUUCCGCCUCCUCACGCGUUGCCAAGCCUUGACGGAUCUUCACCCUCGCGGUGGAGUGAGUGCGGCGGCGGCGGAGCUGGGUGCCGAUUUCCACCGUGUGGAGCAGAUCGGACAGGGGAAAAUGAGGACACACAGCGGAAGUCGCGGGGGUUUCGGGGAGGACAAGGAAACGCAAGAGCAGACUCAUGAUGCCUACAUUACAGGUGAGGAUGUGUCUCUGGACACGAUGGAGGGUCUACGGACGGAGUAG